AAUAUCAUCUGUUUUGCUAUCAUUUGAUAAAUGAGUUCAUCCCUCAUAGGGCUAGUGAAUUUCUUUCGAAUUGAGCUCAGUGACCAGUAAAAAGUCGAAAGUGAUGCGGUUUUAAGAUGCAUUAAAACGUUUCUUUUAAUUUUUUGCUCGGCCUUCUUCUUCAUUGCUAGCUAUUAUUUAAGAGAUAUCAUUCGAAUAUCGAUAAACAUCGAUAAACUUAUUUCGACUUAACCAGGUUACUCGUAAUCAGGGAAUUUUGGAAUCGUUACGAUAGUUCUAUAUUACACGCAGCGGAGUUUAUACACCAACGCUUUGUACGUAUGUAUGUACGUAUGUACAUACAUUGUACGUACGUACGUAUCAUCGGGGUAGUAUGUAUCAGUCAACGCGUAUAGUCAAAGGAUGUAGUAAUAUGCUUACAUCGUAGUCGAAAUAAGUCAUCGACGGCUAUCGAAAUCUGAAUGGGUUGUAUAUAAUAAUAGCACUACAAGUGUAAUGAAGACGACGGCGGAGCAAAAAGUUAAAAGAAAGGAAAGAUGAACUCAUUCAUCAAAUAAUAGUACAACAAAUUUUAUGUUCAAACAUCGCGCGCUAUAUGUAUAAGUUGAUGGUUCUUCAUUAUGCUUAUGGCGUUUGGAGUCUUGUGUUGUGUGUAGUAACUCCUUCAACGAUUUGAACUUUGUCACAAGGCACAAUUGCGCUUGAGUUGCAUUAUGCUAUCAACCCCGAAAGCAAAAACAGGACUGUUCUUGGCGUCAUCUCUUCACGAUGGUUUAGAAGAUAACAAUAUCAUACAAAUAACAACGCUCCUACUAAACAAAGAGGCAAAUCCCAAUAUUUUGAUACCGUCACAAGGGAUUACUCCCUUUCAUCUCGUUAUAGGAAAUGAUUCCGAAACAUUUGCGGAAGAAGUCACAAAACUCUUUUUGCGCCAUGGCGGAAAUCCUAAUGUUAAAUCAACAGACGGAUUGACACCUCUGCAUGUUGCUGCUGCCUGGGGUCGUCUUGGUGUUCUAGAACUCCUAUUGUCUAACGGUGCUGAUCCACUCUUAGUCGAUGAUGAUGGAAAGUGCCCUUUUCAUUAUGCGUUCGAUGAAGCUCACUAUGAAGCUGUUGCCAUUCUUGGCAAAUAUUGUGGCAAAUCAUUUGACGAAUAUUCUGGUCCUAAAUACAACCUUGCCUUAGAAAAAAUACUAGUGACCGAAGGUGACGUUGUUGCUGAAUAUGCGGUCUCGGAGGGUACUUGUGAUGCAACAGCCACACAUGAUGUCUCUGCGUUUAACACAAAAAAUAUGCUCAAUAACAACAGUAACUUCCUGGAAAAUCAAAACCAAUCAUUUGCUCCAGAAAGAACAGUCGAGAACAAUACCUUAGAACCAAGGUGUGGUUGUCCAAAAAACGCCAAUCUAAUCGACACAACAAGUACCAAGGUGAGCUUUGAUCCGAAUCGUAAAUUGUUGUUAUGUGGGAACCUCAUGCAUGAUGGUGAAGAAUUGCACAAAGAUCUCAAAAUUGUAAAGCUUAGUUCAGAGAUGAAAAAGAUUUCACCUGAAAUUGUGGAUGAUUCCCUUUUCUUCUCUGAUCGUAACUAUUACACAAUUGAGGACUUGCUUCUCAUAGAGUCACACAAAGUCAAUGACAGUAUGCCAAAUGUCAGUUUACCAAAAACAGUAAUGAAACUAAACUUGCAAAGACACGGAAGUCGAUUAACGAAGCGCCAAAUUGUUGAAUCAUCCGGAAUCACAUCACAGGUCCCGGAAAAGCACCUCAAUAAGGCUAAAGUUAUUCAUAAGAUAUCACGACGGUAUUGCACAAGGCAGGCAUUGUUGCGCAGAAGAACAAAAACUUUCAACCUACAAGGGUGGACGAUGCCACACAACAGACAGAUGUCUUCAAAUCAUGAUAAACUCCUUAGUCGUGUACAUACCACAAGACAAUGUGUUACCAAGCAAGAGCCAUAUUCAGCUGACUGUUCCAUUAGAAGCAAAUCGCCAAAUUUUAUCCUAACUCCGAAAAUUUUGAUGAGACCUCAAUCACCGAAGAAGUCUACAAAUCCAGUUAUUGAUAACAAACUACAGGAGAUUAGAACAACAUCCACCAAUGGUAUAUCACUGGGGAAAGGCAUCAACCGCAAGAAUACUGAUAGCUAUAGAACGCCACUACUCGCCAGAAAUUUUGGAAACAAUGGAAUUAGUGUGAAAUACGUUUGCAAAAAGAAACAGUUAGCACCCGAGGUUUCGAAUCUAAAAACAAAUCUCCCGACCAGUUCGAAGAGAUUUCAUGAUAUGCCGAUCAAAGUGAACACAUCUAUACCCAAUAGGAACUUGACACAUUUGAUAAAGCAAAACCGCAAGGUAACAAUCAACCAAACACAGCCCAUGUUGACGUCUUCACGUUGUCCAAGAAUCUUCCCCACCCAUGCGCUGGACAAAACGUACAACGAGGACGUCUCCAACUUGGCUGUAGAUAGUUCAUUCGAGCUCUCACCAGGUGACAAGAUUGGAAAAUUUCUCAUCAACUGUAGGGGUCUAUCAAAAAUAAUAGCAGUCAACUCGGAGGAAUGUAUGUGUGACAAUCGUCGGGACAGUCGUAUAACUGAUAUUCAAUGUAUUCCAGAUGACGUAGCCCAUGUCAAAGAUGAAGUUAACAUUCCUGUCAAGACUAUGAAUUCUCCAACUGCUCCUGAUCUGAGAAUAUCUAGCCAAACCGAUGCAUAUUUUGAGAAUGCUUGUGGUAACUAUGCAGAAAUGAAUGCUAAAUUCAGACACAUAUCUAAAGUGAACCAAACUGCUGGAUCGUCAAAGAUGACCUAUGACACAAAUAGUAUUGGACGUUUUUCAAAUAUAAUUAGUGGCUUUCUGCAAUGUGGCGAGUACUGUGAUUGUGUCAAAUCGAAAAAAACAGAGAUUGCAAGUUACUUGAUUAGAUAUCGAUCGCCCAGAUCUCAUGCAGGGUUACUGACCAGCAAUUCAAUGAUGUCAAAUCUGGUGAACUCUGCAGAUUCAGAGCUCGACAGGUGCACUAAAAGCGAUACCUGUUUGAAUAGGCCAAAAUUACGGGACAUCAAUGACUCUUUAGAGUCCCGUAAACCCAGUGAUUGUUCCACUGACAAACAUACUUGGGACAGAGCUAAUGAUGCCUUAUCGAUAGAAUUGAACAAAUUAUUCGUUAGCGGAUCUAUCCAUGAUAAUAGCUUAAACCAUCAGUCUUCUGUAAGUAUCGAGGAAGAAUACAAAUAUGAAGACGUCGAAGAAGGUGUGAUCCUGUUAGAACGUCGACUAUUGACAACACCUGUAAGUAAACGAUGUUUUAGCAUGCCCCUGAUAAAAACUGAGAACGAGGUGUCCGGAAAUAGUGGUGGACGUAUUGAAGAUGCGUCUCUGGAAUCGCGUCUGUCGAGCCUGCCACAUUCCUUGGUAGUCAUGGACAGUGAGACGCUACGAAGAGAAUUGACCAGAUUAGAUCGCUGUCCCCCAGGACCAAUAACUGCCACUACUCGCCAUGUGUACUUGAGACGGCUGCAGAAACUUCAGAAGUGCGGUCCAAAUCCACCGUUGACCGUUACCAUAGCCGUACCACCGAAAUUCAGCGCUGAGAUUGAACGAACUUUGCGGUCCGAAAACUGGAUAAGUGAUUUGUCGCAGCAUGAAGCGUUAGAGUUACAAGUGUUUGGGGAAUUUUCAAAUCCUGAUCCGACGCGACGAUGGAGGGAGGGAAUUAACAAGUCCUCGUUCAACUACCUCCUAAUGGAUCCUCGAAUCACGAAGAAUCUACCGCGUCGAGGGAGUGAUCUGUCUUUCACGGAACGUUGGCGAAUAUUUUUAUCAGCGAUAUUUUAUAUUGGCAAAGGUAAGCGCUCACGUCCCUAUUCGCAUCUCUAUUCUGCUUUCGAAGAAUGGAAGAAAGGCAAGCGUUCAACGAACGAUGAAAAAAUCAGUUACAUCUUGGGCAUAUGGCAAAGUGAUUGCGGCGUAGUAUGUCUUCACUUAUUCCAAAACGCAAUUCCCGUCGAAGCUUAUACGCGGGAAGCUGCGAUGAUAGAUGCCUUGGGAUUGGAUAGACUGAAGAAUUCCAAAUCAGGAGAUUAUUACGGCGUUGCCGCGACUUGGAGUCGCCACCAGAAACGUAUGCUCGGCGUCUAUCUUCUAUACAAAGCCAUGAAUAUCUUGAUGCAAGAAGGAGAAAGACAACUGAGUCCUGAGAAUAUCGAGAGGUAACUUCAAGGGUGUAUUAUGAUUGUGACAAAACUGUGCAUUAUAGUUAUAUGAAGUAUCAGGUACUGUAAUAGUGUUUAAGACAAGGGUAAACCUACCCAUAUGUCCAUAUUAAUAAGUGAUAACUGUCAUUUUAAUUUCAACCUAGAUUCAGAUCUAUGAAUUUUUUUAAUUUAAAAUUACCCAAAUCUAGACCGGUGAUCAACUUUUUGACUCUUUGUGACACGUGGACUAUUAUUUUGUAGUGAAUAUUGUUGCACAAAGAGUAGUGCCCCUGAGUAGAUCCACAGAAUUACCUAUAACUCCUUGGCAUUUCUAGGGUCUAUAGAAUACUAUGUCAUAUACUUUUUCGAAUUGUUUUCAACGAUCAGUCAUAUGGGAACCUUGCAAUCCCUGCCAAGGCCUGGUUAAAAUAAAGUACAAAAAAUAUUUGUGAUAAAUAGAGAAUAAUUCUCAAAGAUUUACUUACUUUUAACGUGAAUUAAGUAACCACAAUACAUCAGAUGUACAACGUCAAACAUCAAUUUGACUGAUUAUUAUUCCAGUGGUGUGUAAGAGCGUGAUUAAAAAUUAAUAAAUCCAAGUAUGUAGCCAAGCCGCAUAAUGUUUAUUGUAUCUAUCAAGUUUGUAUCUAUGUUUGAAAAUUGUUAUUCCUGUGAUUUCUAUUUUGCAAUUAAAAUUAAAUGUUUGAUUGAUGA